AAGUGGUUUUCACCAGCGCUGAAUCCUAGUGCCAUGGCCACUCCGCAGCCCUUCACGACGCGAGACAUGGCCCUUGCCCUUCGCGACCGAGGGGCAUCUAAGCGCUAGGAGAUGCCCGUCGACUAAACAAUGGCGUCGCGGCACGCAACUUGUUAAUUGUAAAUGCCGACCCUGUUGGUCAUCUGCACUGCAGCAGCAGUAUAAGAAAGACGAACUCGUUCCCAAGUUCCUGCUGGCCGGUGCAAGGAAGUGGGAAGAACACUGACCUGCAGAGGCUGCUGCCAUGGCAACCAGCUCCUCUGAUCAAGUUCCUGCCGCUGCAAGGAAGCUGGAGGGGAAGGUGGCGGUGAUCACCGGCGGGGCGAGCGGCAUCGGCGAGUGCACGGCUCGUCUCUUCGUGAAGCACGGUGCGCGCGUCGUGGUGGCCGACAUCCAGGACGAGCUCGGCGGGCGCCUCUGCGCGGAGCUGGGCGCCGCCGCCGCCAGCUACGUGCACUGCGACGUCACCGCCGAGGCCGACGUCGCGGCGGUCGUGGACCACGCCGUGGCGCGGUUCGGCGGGCUGGACAUCAUGUUCAACAACGCGGGAAUCGGCGGCGCGGCGUGCCACAGCAUCCGGGAGAGCACCAAGGAGGACUUCGAGCGCGUGCUGUCCGUGAACCUCGUGGGCCCCUUCCUCGGCACCAAGCACGCGGCGCGGGUCAUGGUGCCCGCCGGCCGCGGCGGCUGCAUCAUCGGCACGUCGAGCCUGGCGUCGGCGGUCGCCGGCGCUGCGUCGCACGCAUACACGUGCGCGAAGCGCGCGCUGGUGGGGCUCACGGAGAACGCGGCGGCGGAGCUGGGCAGGCACGGGAUCCGGGUCAACUGCGUGUCGCCGGCCGCGGCCGCCACGCCGUUGGCCACGGGGUACGUCGGACUGGAGGGGGAGGCGUUCGAGGAGGCCAUGGAGGCCGUGGCCAACCUCAAGGGCGUGCGCCUGCGGGUGGCGGACAUCGCCACCGCCGUGCUCUUCCUCGCCAGCGACGACGCGCGGUACAUCAGUGGGCACAACCUGCUCCUGGAUGGAGGCUUCUCCAUCGUCAACCCGUCGUUCGGGAUCUUCAAAGACUGAGCUUGAGCUUGACCGAGCAAUGCAUGACUAGUCGUCGUAGUAGCAGUGUGUUGGUGCUCUGUGAUUGCUCGGGGGAGAAGUGAGGCCCCUAUAUUGCGUGGUGCUAGAGUCCGCUCUGCACGCUAAGUGCUUCUUGCAAAAUAAAUUUGGGGGAAAUGUUAGCAAUUUGUCACAACGGCUACAUCAAUUAGUACAAAUAAGACAAAUAAGCACUAAA